AGUUGACGAUUGUCGACUGGGUGACUGUGACUGGAAUUUCACACUUUUUGGUGCUAAUUGACCAAAUUAAACAACCUAAAAUCAGUUAAUCGUUGGUCAUUCGUGACUUCUGGGUCGCACCAGUGACCGGAAUGAACCGAACGACAGAGAUAAGGUGCCUUGAAGCAAAUUACUUGCCGUGACAAGCGAGUUAUAGAGAUCACCAUCACCAAAAUCAAGGCAAAAUCCAUUACCAUGACUGAAGCUGGAAUUCCAACCCUGUUCUCCUUCGAGCUGAUGAAGAUUGGAGGGUUGAUUGCAGUGUUUAUGAUCACCAUUAUUGCCAUUGCCAUUAUUGCAGUGUGUGCUGCGCUUGCAUUGCUGUUGGCCAUUAUGGGUCAUGUGCACAAAUUCUUUGUGGACAGGGCUCUCAAGGAUCAGGCUCGGAAAAAGGCGCUGAUCAACAGAAUCAGAAAUCGCAUGAAAAGCACAGAACUUGCAAACGGGCCUUUUGAUGUUCCCAUCGACCAGCUGAGAGAUGAGCUUCUUGGAGCCAACAACAUCGAAUGUAUGAAAAACAUCUGGGAAGAGGCAUUGGCUAGCGUUUUGAAGCACGACCCACACAUCAGGCUGGAGACGAAAAGAAUCGGUGGUGAAGAGACUGAUUGCCUUGUAUGGAUUCACUCCAGGUGUCCUCAAGGAAACAGAACCUAUCAGAAUUUUCAAGAUGAUGUGGCAGAACAAAGAGAAAACUCUGAAAGUGCAUCCCAGAUGUCAAAAGGUAACAUGAGCAAAGGUUGGCAGAGACCAGCCGUAGAAAUUGACGAUGGGUUCUUGACUUCUCUACCUGUGUUCCCUGCUCAGUACCUGGAGAUUCAACUCGAGUUCUUUCCGCGCAAAUCUGCUUCUUCUGAAAGAGUUGUUGAUGCCAUUUUUGAAAAGUGUGGGCAGAACUUUAACAUUCUGCAUUACAAGGUGGACUCGACUGCAGAUGACUGCUGCGUCUUUAUGAAAACUGCAAGCCAAGCCGACGCUGGACAAGCUUACCGAGCCUUGCACGGAUGGUUGUUUGAUGGAGACUUGGUCACCCCGUAAAGCUCUUGCAUCUUGAGUACUACCACGAGAGAUUCCCAGAGGCCAUCAAUGCUUGCAUCCCUUUUCGCCCGUCUAACAAUCUGAAGCGCUUUAUUUAGUCGUUUCGCUCUCAGAACCGCCCGACCGAAGAUUCAUUUGUUCCUUACGCCCCGGCCCUUUCCUAUCCUUUUCUGCAGGUGGCGACAAAGGCAAUUAACUCUGGGAGGACAGAUCAAACUGAUGCGGGAAAACUCACUCAUUUUAACCUUAAGACUCUCACCAAUUUUAACAGAAUUAGCAUCUUCAGACUUUAAAGAAGCUAAAUAGAAACUUCGAUUGGAAUUGAAAGUGCUCCUUUAAAAAAAAAAGGAAAA